AUGCAUCUCAAGGCCUUGAUCUCGCUCUGCCUCAUCUGCCAGGCCGUGGCCCAGACCACUACUGAGGAUCAUCCUUCGGGUUCUCAGGUGUUGCCGCCUUCACCGACUGGUUCCGUGUGCCAUCCUCACGGCGAUCACUGGCACUGCGAGUCUCCGGCAACGGCCACCCCCUCGCAUAGCCAUGACCACGACCAUGACCACGACCAUGACCAUGAACAUGAACAUGAACAUGAACAUGACCAUGACCAUGACCACUCGCCAAAGGAAACUUCGACAACGGCUGCGGUUGCCACUUCCUCGCAAACGGAAACUUGCGAGCCUCAUGGAGACCACUCGCACUGCCACUUGGUAGGACCGACGCCGCCUCCUGCUUCUACCAAGCCCACGGAAAUGACUACAACUCCCGAACCUACCGCCGGCGCUAUCCCCGCAGUCGUCACUGCCGGUGCUCGCCGUAACAAGGCCGUGUACGGGGCUGCGUCACUCUUCGGCGCCGUCUUGAUGGCCGCCAUGAUGGCUUGA